UCAACCUUAUGCCUUUGGGUAUGCGGCUCCGAAUCACAUGAGUACUCACUUCAGGAGCGAAGUCGGGGAUGGUAGUGGAAUGGUAAGAGGUUCUUAUGGCUACCAGGAUGCUCAGGGUCUCCGUCGACAGGUUGAUUAUGUGGCUGGACCUGGUAUAGGAUUCCAAGCAAAUGUGAAAACCAACGAACCAGGAACUAUAGGACAUCAAAAGGAACAACCAUCUCACGUAGUGAUGCAAGCUCAACCUCCACCUCCUGGAGUGCAAACUCACUUUGGAAGUAGCUUACAAUCUAUGAAGAUGAUGGCUGGUGGCAUGGAAGGCAUGAAAAUGAUGGAAGGAGGCGUGAAAAUGAUGGGAGGAAGCACGAAAAUGAUGGGCGGAGGCAUGAUGGGUGGUGGCUAUGGAAUGGUGGGUGGAGGCAAAUAUUUUAAAUAAGAAGAAUAAAAUACACAUAAAAGA